CGUGAGUGGACCGACCAAUGAGCGCGCCCGCGCCGCCAGCUGAGGCGUCGUUUCCCCGCCGCCGCACGACGCCGUCCGUGUUGAUGCACAACUGAUUCUUUGAAAUAACUGUACGUUGCUGUUUGUAACCAUGAAAGCCGUGCAGGAUCAGGUGGUGGAAGAGGACAUUGGUUUCCAGGAUGAAGAGGAAUCCUUCUUCCAGGACAUUGAUCUCUUACAGAAACAUGGCAUUAAUGUUGCUGACAUUAAGAAAAUGAAAACAGUUGGAAUCUGUACAGUGAAAGGAGUUCAGAUGACAACACGAAGGGCGUUGUGCAACAUUAAAGGUCUUUCUGAAGCUAAGGUUGAUAAAAUCAAGGAAGCAGCCAACAAACUCAUUGAGCCAGGGUUUCUCACUGCAUUUGAGUACAGUGAGAAGAGGAAAACAGUGUUUCACAUUACUACUGGCAGCCAAGAAUUAGAUAAAUUGCUGGGUGGAGGAAUUGAAAGCAUGGCAAUUACAGAGGCGUUUGGUGAAUUUAGAACUGGAAAGACACAGCUGUCACACACUUUCUGUGUGACUGCUCAGCUUCCUGGACCCAAUGGAUACUGUGGAGGAAAGGUGAUUUUCAUUGAUACAGAGAAUACCUUCCGCCCAGAUAGACUACGUGGGAUUGCUGAACGGUUUAAUGUGGAUGCAGAUGCAGUGUUGGAUAAUGUGCUGUAUGCACGUGCCUAUACAAGUGAACACCAGAUGGAAUUACUGGAUUACGUAGCAGCCAAAUUCCACGAAGAGGGUGGAAUUUUCAAACUCUUGAUCAUAGAUUCAAUCAUGGCACUUUUUCGAGUUGAUUUCAGUGGCCGUGGUGAGCUUGCAGAGCGCCAGCAGAAGCUGGCUCAGAUGCUUUCCCGCCUGCAGAAAAUCUCUGAGGAAUACAAUGUGGCCAUAUUUGUUUCCAAUCAGAUGACUGCGGAUCCCGGAGCAACCAUGAGCUUCCAAGCAGAUCCAAAGAAACCAAUUGGUGGUCACAUUCUGGCUCAUGCAUCUACAACGAGGAUUAGUCUACGGAAAGGACGGGGUGAACUACGUAUUGCGAAAAUCUAUGAUAGCCCAGACUUACCAGAGAAUGAAGCCACUUUUGCCAUUACUGCUGGAGGAAUUAGUGAUGCAAAGGAGUGAGACUUCCAGAACAGGGAUGAGCAUGAUAUUUUGAGUUUCCUGAGUACUAAUUUGUUUAACUAUUAAAGUAUAGAAAUUUAAAAGAUUACAAAUUAAUUCAGAUUUACAUUUAAAAACUGUGAAAAAUUAUUUUUUGUGGCAUAACGUUUGUUUUGAUAUCUAACCUCUAUUUUGUCUAGGCAUGUUCAAAAUUAGGCACUCCCGAAUUCUUGUAAGUAAAUCACAUUGAGAGACUAUAACGAUAUUACAAAAUAAAUAGUAGAACUCUUUCACAUACAAACCUGAGUUUGAUUGGGUUAUAGAAUGGCAUUUAAUUAUACCAGAACAUGCCAUAGAAUAAAUCCAUGUGUCUCUUAUGAUUUAGUAUUAUGUAUUUGCAGUUUAGACAGUGGUCUGCAAUGCAACAACAGAAGUAUAACUUAACGACAUUCUUAAAAAAGCUAUUUCCAUUCACUGCAGAUGUAGAGGCACAUAUUAAAUGUUUAUUUGAUUAUAUAUGUAUAACCUAUUAUUACAGUAAUUCACGCGUCCCCUUUGCCACAUCCUUUGUAGCACUGCACAUAACACACCUGGAAAAUCUUCAGUCUGUAUAAUAGAUGCAUACAGAUAAGCAGAGCCCACACAGUUGAAUCUUGUAUUACCUGUCAAAUAUUUGAUAUACACUCUGUUUUGAAAUAAAUUAUUCAGUAUGCCAAGGCAAUGAGAAACAUAGUUGUAAAUGCUAUAAUGUAAUUAUAUCUCAAUAUUUAGCUGAGAGAGAAUUAAACAUUAAGAUCACAGAGGGCUGAAUAUCAUUUUAAAAUCAAUUCCUGAACAAGGACUGCCAGCCAAAGUCAUCCAGGAAAUGUCUCCAAAGGGUUUUGGCAGAAGGCAAAGCUGGAACACAGCUUAAACUAAUCCAAAACUGCCAAGGAAGCUAACAGUUUUUAAAUGUUUAUGUCUUUUUUAUUAGAACCAUAUUAAAUAAUUACAAGCCAUUAUAAACAUUAGUUAAAUGAUUUGUGUUUUAUGGCAACUUGCAUUUCCAUUCCCUAUUUAAGUUAUCUCUAUUCAUUAUAGCAGCAUCUGCCACUCAGUAGGCUCUGGACUUAUUGACAGUGUUUAUAGAUCUGGGAAUUACUUCAGAUAAUAGUUGGAAACUGGAAAAAUUCCAUCAGAAUUUUUGACCACACCCAAGAAGAUUUUGGUUUUAUUUUGCAUUAUAAUGUAGCGUAAUUCACUUAUGGACUGUUAUUCAGUAGACCAAUUCACUACCCCCGAUCCAGGCUCUGAAUUCUUUUUCAGCCUGGACACAGGAUGCCACAACAAAAUUUGUGUAUUUGCAUGUGAGGGGUUAGCUUCCUGUUGAUUCUGUAUUUGCUAUGCUAUUAUUCCUGAUAUGAAAUGGCUUUCUCUUGUCACUAUACCAGCGUUGACACUGUAAUAGCUGGAAUGUUAAAGUUCCAUUUGAGUGAAUGAAGGACAACAGCAGAGUCCUUAGUUUUGUUUUCUUGUUAGAUUAUUUCAAAAGCAGAACUAGAAAUCAAAACUGCUAAUUGGCAUUAUCAAAAUGUUGAAUUGUUAUAUUUGUUAUUCUUAAUGGUCAGGAGCUUUCCUCAUCUGUAAAUCUUUGAAGAGGAAAUAGAACUUUGAAUAACUUAUUAAUAUUUAAAGAUUCACAACAUGAUGCACAUCUUUUUUUCAACUCUCUGGCAUGUUUCUUAUAACCAUUAUAAGACACAAUUUUCAAUGGUUGUUGAAAACUUCUAAAUUUUACCAUGUCAUAUCUACUGUUAUUUCAGCCUGUGCUGUCCCUCACAUAUUAAACUUAUUUCUGGCCUCUUUCCAAACUGAAAUGAAUAAAAAGAUUUACAACAGG